AUGCUAAAAGUACAGGGAAAUAUUAUCUUCUAUGAAGACAGGAACUUCCAGGGUCGUCACUACGAGUGCAGUAGUGACUGCCCCGAGAUGCAAAACUACUUCAGCCGCUGUAACUCAAUAAGAGUUGAGAGCGGUUGCUGGGUGGCCUACGAAAAGCCAAAUUAUGGCGGCUACCAGUACAUGCUGCACAAGGGAGAGUACCCCGACUACCAGCGCUGGGCAGGCUUCAAUGACUGUAUCCGCUCCUGUCGUAUGGUGCCUCCUUAUAAUGGGAACUACAGGAUGAAGAUCUUCGAGCGAUCUGAUUUUGGCGGUCAAAACAUGGAGCUAAUGGAAGACUGCCCAGACCUGCACGAGCGUUUCCACACCCGUGAUAUCUCCUCCGUCAAUGUCAUGGAGGGCUACUGGAUGCUGCACGAACACCCCAACUAUAGGGGACGCCAGUACUUCUUGCGUCCUGGAGAAUACAGGAGGCAUAGCGAGUGGGGAAGCACCAGUCCCACCUUUGGCUCUCUGAGACGUGUCACUGAGCUCAACUGA